UACUGGACUCCACAGCCCCUCUCCUCUCUCUCUCUCUCUCUCUCUCUCUCUCUCUCAGAAACUCGUAACGUCUUAGUUAAAGUUAAAGAACCCACGAUACUAUCUCUAUAUCCCUCUCCAAGAAAUCCCGCUUUCGGCCCUUGAAAUUCCUGCGCUUCGCUCUCUUCGCUCCGCCAUUCUUAGAGAAUAUCCAAAUCCACCGAUCUAUUUGACUGUACUUUUGCCGUAUUCGCCUCUUUCUCAGUCUCUGCUACGGUCCAACUUCAGUUCAGUUCUGUAGCUAAUAAUGGCGGACUUUCCCCCGAACUUAGACGACGGAGAACUCUGGCUUCCUUCAGAUAUCUUCCCGGACGAAGUUUCCUCUAAGAUGAGGCGCAUGGAAGACCUUGCUCGACAGAUCGCCGCCUACUCUCUUCUCGAACGUAACCAAACCGUUGCUAAACCUCCAGCAAAUUUAGUCCCAAACUUAGAGAUUAAAAGGCAGAGCCGGUACGGUACAUUUACUGCUCCUCAAAGGGUUGGUUUCGGGUUCGGCGGAGUUCAGGGAGUCGCCCACAAAGCACACAAUCAUUAUGUGUCGGUGAAGAAGGAUGAUGGGUUUCGUGUUGGUCUGGGACAGCUCUACCAGCAUUAUCCGAUGAGUCCGGCGCAAGCUCAGUUCGAGAACUACUUGCAAGCAAGAACUAGGGUUUCUCAAUGGCUACAAAAUCAAAACGAGGGUCCAACUCCAAACCACUCUUUGCCAUUUCAGCUAUCUGGGGCCUGCAAUGGCCGUUUUGUGAGAGAAUCUGGAGGGACGGGUGUCUUCCUCCCUCGCGUUGCAACAACAGUCGAUGCUAAGAAGAAAAAUGGUAUGAAGAAGGGGGAGGAGACCAAGCAGAGAGAACCAACCAAAAAGAAUGAUGAUGUGGAGAAGCAAGAGAGGCUUCAACUUUCACCUGAGGUGCGUUUGCCUCAAGACUGGACUUAUUGAGCUAUCUCUAUCUGUGUUUCACCAGUUUCUGCUGUAAAAAAAACCCCCUUAGGUUGAAGAAUAAUUACUCCCAUGAACAUUGUAAGUAGAAGAAAAGGAUGGAUGUGGGUCAGUAGUCAUUUUGGCUUUUGAUGUGGUAUGAGGGAAAAGGAAGAAGGGGUUUUGUUUAUAAGGUAUAGAGUAGAGGAGUAGAAGAGUAAAGUGGGUGAGUGCUUGUGGGUCUCUUUCUCUGUUUUUUGCAAGAUUUGUAAAAUAAAUAAAGAGGAAGGUUUUAUGGUUUUGGUA